AGACAGCGAGAGCAGAGCGGCCCGCCGCCCUUAUCAACUCGGUGGGGCACCGCCCCUCCCGGCGUCUGGCCAGUCAGAGCCGUCCUUUCCCAACUGGCGGGAGGCCGGCCAACCAGCGCAGCGUUUUCUGCCGCCAGUCCAGUGAUUGACGACUCGAGAACCCAAUCAGCUGGCGCCCCGCCUGGGCGGGACUUCCUGCUGCUGCGCGCUGCUGCCGGAUGUGGCUGCGGGCAGUGCCGGUUCCGGGUCGCGGUGGGGAUGGCGGAGCCGGGAGAUGUAGGGGGCUCCGGCUCGGGCUCGGGCUCGGGCUCGGGCUCGAACUCGGGCCCGGGCCUGAAGCGGCUGGCGGCGGCUGGGGACUUGCGGAGCGUGCUGAUCACCAGCGUGCUCAACCUGGAGCGCCUCGAGGUCGACCUCUUCAGGGGCCAGCACCACUGGGUGCCCGCGACGCGGCGCCUUUUCGGCGGGCAGAUCGUGGGCCAGGCCCUGGUGGCAGCCGCCCGCGCCGUCAGCCGUGACCUCCAGGCGCACUCGCUGCACUGCUACUUCGUGCGCGCAGGGGACCCCAAGGUGCCGGUGUUGUACGAGGUGGAGCGGACCCGUACUGGGAGGAGCUUCUCCGUGCGCUCUGUGAAGGCCAUUCAGCAUGGGAAGCCAAUCUUCAUCUGUCAGGCCUCCUUCCAGCUGGCCCAGCAGAGUCCUGUGCAGCACCAGUUCACCAUGCCCACCGUGCCACCCCCUGAGGAGCUGCUGACACAGGAGGAGCUCAUUGAGAAGUUCCUGCAGAAUCCUAACUUGGCAGAGAGAUACAGAAAGCAUCUCAACAAGAUCCAAGCUGAAGAUGUGCCGAUUGAUAUCAAACCUGUGAACCCACCAGAUAUAUUCUGCACAGAGCCGCAGGAGCCAAAACAGUUCUUCUGGGUGCGAGCCCGAGGUUACAUAGGAGAGACUGACAUGAAGGUGCACUGCUGCGUGGCUGCCUACAUCUCUGACUAUGCCUUUCUGGGCACAGCCCUGCUGCCCCAUCGUCAGUACAACAUCAAAUUCAUGGUGUCCCUCGACCACUCCAUGUGGUUCCACGCGCCCUUCCGAUCUGACCACUGGAUGCUGUAUGAGUGUGAGAGCCCCUGGGCUGGUGGGUGCCGAGGGCUGGUCCACGGGCGUCUGUGGCGCAGGGAUGGAGUCCUGGCUGUCACCUGCACACAGGAAGGAGUCAUCCGGGUGGAGCAGAACCCAAACCAGAGUAAACUCUAGCCAAGGAAGCCAGAAGCAGCAGUUCUACCAAGCUCCAUGUGCUGGGGCUGAGGCCUGCACCAGAAUGGCUGUGGCGGAGGCAGGACCCCGUGCAGCAGCGGAAGGAGCAGCAGAAGAGAAGGGGCUGAGUCCCACCGGGGGAAGUAUUGGUGCCAGCACCUCAGCGCUGAGGUGGACUUGCACGGGCUGCAGUGUUACUGCUGUCGUUGAUUGCCAGCUGUGCAGCGUAAUGGCGCACUAUGCUGAGCCACUCUUCACACACUGUAAAUAAAGGUAUCACAUGAGCAGCUGA